UAUUUUAACCCUUUUGUGUGGGACUUGGACUUCUUUGUAUCCUAAUUAAGCUCGCAGUCUUUGUUAUAGGAUUUGAUUGUCGGCUAUAGUUUGCUCUGUGUUCAGGUUUCCCGGGUAGCGACUGUUUCUCCCUCUCCUGUUCGCAGCGUUUUCCUCUGACCUGAUCUGCCGAUCCCCGGUUACAUUCUCUGUUCCAGGGUGAUCAUACAUUCAUACGUAGUAGUGACAAGGAAGGAAAGAUGCCUGCACAGAAAAUUGAAACAGGGCACAGUGACACAGUUCACGAUGUGUCUAUGGAUUACUAUGGAAAACGUGUGGCGACAGCUUCAUCUGAUGCCUCCAUCAAGAUAAUUGGUGUGAGCAACAACUCUACUUCACAGCACCUUGCUACUCUGGCCGGUCAUCAUGGUCCAGUUUGGCAGGUUUCAUGGGCACACCCUAAAUUUGGUUCACUACUGGCUUCCUGUUCAUUUGAUGGUAAAGUCAUUGUUUGGAAGGAAGGGAAUCAAAAUGAGUGGACACAAGCUCAUGUUUUCAAUGAUCACAAAUCUUCAGUUAAUUCUAUUUCGUGGGCUCCUCAUGAACUUGGGCUUUGCUUGGCAUGUGGAUCAUCUGAUGGGAACAUCUCUGUUUACACCGCGAGGUCAGAUGGUGGUUGGGACACUGCAAGAAUAGACCAGGCCCAUCCUAUUGGAGUAACUGCAGUUUCAUGGGCACCUUCAAUGGCUCCCGGUGCUUUAGUUGGUUCUGGUUUACAUGACCCUGUUCAGAAGCUUGCAUCAGCUGGGUGUGAUAACACUGUGAAGGUGUGGAAGCUUUAUAAUGGUGUUUGGAAGAUGGAUUGCUUCCCUGCCCUUCAGAUGCACACUAACUGGGUGAGGGAUGUUGCGUGGGCACCCAAUUUGGGGCUUCCAAAAUCAACAAUUGCAAGUGCUUCAGAGGAUGGUAAAGUUGUGAUAUGGACUGUGGCAAAAGAAGGAGAUCAGUGGGAAGGAAAGGUUUUGUAUGACUUUAACACACCCGUUUGGAGGGUCUCAUGGUCUUUGACUGGAAACCUGUUAGCCGUAGCUUCUGGGGACAACAAUGUCACACUAUGGAAUGAAGCAGUUGACGGGGAGUGGCAACAGGUCACAACUGUUGACCAAUAGACUUCCAGUUAGUCUAUAUCUCUAUCCAAGACAUCUUUUGCCGACUUCUCCUUUUCUUUGGCUUAUAACAAUCCCUUCAUUUUUACGACUCUUCAUACUGUUUUCCUUCAACUUAUAUUUUGCCAUGCCGUAUUUCCGUUAUCAUAUUUCAGGUCAAAUACACUCUUUGAAGUUAACAUUCUUGUGACUAGGCAGGCCCCUGGACUCUUUUUAUUUUGAGUUAUUAAUUGCAGUAUAUGUGGUUGUGAGAGAUAUCUCUUCUGCUCUUUUUUUUCCUCACUUGUAUACUGAUCCAAAGCUGACUGUUGAUAAUUCUCUGAGUUUUUAUUAUUGAAUAUUCAUAGGAUUU